ACUUAAAAUGAUCUGCUUAACAGGAGUGCUAAUUUGACGUCCUGAGUGUACGAUGAAUCCAGUUUGGAAAAGGGUGUUUCAUCGUCUCCACAGAGCCCCUCUUAUUUCCAAGAGGCAUCAAUCGGGUUGUGCUGAGCACACAUCCUCCUCUGCUUCUACGAGGUCAACAUCCAGUAAACCGAGGCUACUGGUUUCUCGUCUGUACCAGCCUGCGAGCCUUCGGGAUGUGGGCCAAGACAGCCGCUUGGCUGGAGAGAUGACGUGUAAGAGCCAGAGGCUCAUGCAGCAGGCCGGCCUCAUCCAUCCAUUCAACCCGGGGUGUUACUUCUACCUUCCUGCCACUGUCAGAUCAAUGGAGAAGCUGGUGAGAGUAAUUGACCAGGAGAUGCAGGGGAUUGGAGGCCAGAAGCUGGACAUGCCCAGUCUGUGCUCAGCAGAUCUUUGGAGAACUAGUGAACGUUGGGAUCUGAUGGGAAAGGAGCUACUCCGUCUAAAAGACCGGCAUGGUGCAGACUACUGCCUCGGUCCCACACAUGAGGAGGCCGUGACAACUCUUGUUGCUCAUCAGGCGACACUCUCAUACAGACAGCUACCUCUACUACUGUACCAAAUCACCCGCAAGUUCAGGGAUGAGCCAAAACCAAAGUUUGGUCUGCUCAGAGGCAGAGAGUUUUACAUGAAAGACAUGUAUUCAUUCGACGUGAGUGAAGAGGCUGCUCGUCAGACGUAUGAAACUGUGUGUCAGGCGUACAUCCAGCUCUUCACACGUUUGGGCCUGCGCUGCGUUCAAGUGCAGGCGGACACAGGAAACAUUGGCGGCACACUUUCCCACGAGUUCCAGCUACCAACAGACGUAGGAGAGGAUCGACUUCUACUCUGUGAGAACUGCUCCUUUUCAGCCAAUGUGGAGACCUUGUCAUCAAGCACAACCAACUGUCCACAGUGCAAAACUGGAGCUCUGGUAGAGUCGAAGGGAAUAGAAGUUGGCCACACGUUUUAUCUGGGUAAGAAGUACUCCAGUGUAUUCAAAGCCACCUUCAGCAACCCCCAAAACAAACCCGUGGUCACUGAAAUGGGCUGCUAUGGCCUUGGAGUGAGCCGCAUUCUCGCCGCAGCCAUCGAGGUGCUGUCCACAGAUGAGGGAAUCCGCUGGCCCGGUCUCAUUGCCCCUUAUCAGGUCUGUGUUUUACCCCCCAAGAAGGGCAGUAAGGUCGAAGAGGCAGCAGUCUUAGCAGAAGAACUGGUGGACUGUUUGGGGGAAGUCCUUCCUCGCUUGAGGGGUGAGAUUGUUCUUGACGACCGCACUCAGAUGACCAUUGGAAAGAGGUUGAAGGACGCCAGCAGACUGGGCUACCCAUAUGUGAUUGUGGUGGGGGAAGCAGCUCUACAGAAACCCCCCACCUUUGAGGUGAUCUGUCAGCAGACGGGUGAGACACUAUUUCUGAGUAAAGACGGACUCCUGGAUCUGCUUGGAAAAGUAGAAACUGUAUAAUAAACAACUUUUGAUGCAA